AUGUUUCCCCAAAUUAUGGAAAGUUCGGCACAACAGUUCGCCCUACAUGGCCUCUGUAACUGGGCCAAAGCUGUUUCAUGUUUUUCCCAUCAAUUUCUGGUGCUGCCCGAGCCAUGUGCCGGGGGGUUCGCUGGUGAGAGGGCAGAGAAGCGCCGUCAUACGCGGGGCCGUCCCGGCAGCGGCGGGCGAGCGCCGCUGCACACGCGGGCAAACGGGACGCGGCAGCGCACGCCGGGGCCGGAGCAGGUGAAGAUGACACCGGCUGCCGGUCGCUCCCGGCCCUGUCUCGCCCUGAGCAGAGGGAGAGCCACAUGGGCUGCGGAGAAAGGAGUGCCCGAGCCGAGGGUCAACACUGCCGCCCUCCCGCCCGCCUCUGGCCCCACUGCGCCGCUCCCUCAGGCUCCGCCGGGCGCUCGCAGCCGUCGCCCCGCGCAACGCCGGCCGACACGGAGGCUGCGGGCGGGGCGGGCACCGGUGGCCGCAAUGUGGGAAGGCGGCGAGCGGCGGGCGGCAAAGCCCGACCGCCUGGCGCUGGAGCUGGGGCAGGAGAGGCAGAAGAAGCAGAUGCUUGAAAUCUCAAUAUUUGAACUGAGAAACACUGUAACAGAACUGGAAAAAAGACUUAACAGUAUUGAAGAUGAAGGUAAUGAAUGGAAAACCAGAUAUGAGACACAAGUAGAAUUGAACAAACAGCUGGAAAGGCAAAUUAAUAUCCUUCAAGAUAAGGUGGAGCUUAUUCGUGGAAAUCCAGCAGAUAAAUUGUCCAUUGUUCGCACAUUUGAUCAUAUGCCUGUGGGUUCCUUAAAGGAGGUUCUUAAACAGCUGGAAGAAGAGAAGAGUCGUCUCCAGAGUCAGCUAAAGGACUAUGAACUUAGACUGAAACAGGAAGCAAAGGCUUACCAUAAAGCUAAUGAUAAGCGGCGCACGUACCUCUCAGAGAUCUUACAGACCUCAGCUCCACUUAAAAUUGUUGAAAGGCAAAAACCAGAUGCUCUGACUGGCAAGGGAGAAAAACAGAUACUGAGAGGGAGAUACAGUGUUCCAGGAAACCCGAAGAUGGUUAGUCCUCGAAAACGAUCAAUUAAAAAGACUGUAGGAGUGAACAAGCUUCCACAACUAAAGCACUGAUAUAAUGUUCCUGCCAAGAAUUUCCAGUCACUUUUAAAAGUGAUUAAAAGUUUCUAAAUUGAAAAUGAAA